GGCGGUGGCUGCGGCGGUGGCUGCGGCGGUGGCUGCGGCGGUGGCUGCAGUGGUGGCUGCGGUGGUGGCUGCGGUGGUGACUGCGGCGGUGGCUGUGGCAGCUGCACCAGCUGCAGAUGCUACCGCGUGGGCUGCUGCACCAGCUGCUGCCCCUGCUGCUAUGGCUGCUGUGGGGGCUGCUGCAGCGUCCCCGUGGUCUGCUGCCACCGCCGCACCUGCAGCUGCAACUCGUGUGGCUGUGGCGGUGGGAAGGGCUGUUGCCAGCAGAAGAGCUGCUGCCAGAAGCAAUGCUGCCACUGAGUGGCUGGUGGGCUCCGCCUCCCAGGGUAAGAGAUGUUGGGAGCACAGCUCACGGCGUUUGGUAAGACUUCUCCUCGGACUUCCCUGGUGGCUCUGAUGGUAAAGAAUCUGCCUGCAAUGCAACAGACCCAGGUUCAAUCUCUGGGUCAGGAAGAUCCCCUGGAGAAAGGAAUGGCAACCCACUCUUGUAUUCUUGCCU